CGUCAUUGGUAUAGUGGUUAUAUUAUGGCUGAUUUACUAAAAAAGACAAUUAUUCAAAUAGCAAGGCUGCAGUUAGGCGAGACUUUCCUAGACAAUGAUGCUUCGUUGAUUCAACAGAAUGUCGAAGGGAUUGAAUUUUUGAGGGAAUUUUUGGAAAACGAAAAUGAUUUGGUUUUGUGUGUUUUUUUGGAGAAAAAUGGCAAUUUAAAGUUUUCGAAAACGUUACCCGAUUUUGAAUGCGAAAAAACGAUAGUGUUUAGCAAAAGGCAGUCGAUAAAUGCCAAUAAUGAAGACUUCUUGAAACUCUUGCAAUUUAAUACAGUGACCGGUACUCCAACUUUGGAUUUGUAUGAAUUUUUGAAUAAAAUUUUCACUCCCAAGCUACAAAAGCAUUAUAACAAAAAUAUUAAACGCAAAAUAUUCACGCUACAAACCAACUUGAGGACAUUGAUUUUAACUGAAAAUGCUAAGUACCCCAUUGAACAAGGAAACGGCUUUCCAUUGACAUUUGUAAAUUCUAUUGAAGACGAAUUAAAAUACUGGGAUAGCGUGUCCAGUUCAAAGGCGGACAAAUUAACCAGAAAAUCUGCUGAAAAUUUCAUAAAAUGCCUAAAUUCCAUUGCUAAAGAUUUCAGCAUUAUAGAAUCAUUACCGAUAAAUGAAGUCGAAGAUUUAUUAGAACGCAGCCACAACACUCUGGAUGAUUUAUGGCGGUGCGAUCCGAGCUUCUCCAAGGAACGCAUUAAAAAUUUAAUGGACAUAAUAGGUCACGAUUUAUGGAAAGUUACAUUGAAGCAAUUCUCAGAAUGCGACAUUUGGAAGGACGAGUUCAAUAAAAUCAUAGAAAAAUGCGUACAGUCUCUUACAUUAGGCGAAAAAUGGCUGACUACUUGCAAACAAUUAACCGGACUGUUUUGGCCUAAUUAUUCAGGGAAUCCUUGGAAAGACGAUGUAUAUCAACCUGGUGAAUUAGUACAGUUCGUAACUACAAUCAGAGAGGUGAUGAGUAUACGGACAGUCCAUAAGCAAUUAUUAAAAUUAUCUACAGUGGAAGAACAAAGUGAAUUGGAUUGUGAAAUAAUUUUCAAGCCAUUCAAAGAUCUUGAAGUUUUCACUUACGAAGAUACCAUUUCCAAUGAUCUCUUGAAGGCCCGUAAAGAAUUUGAGUACCUGCUGCAACCAGCUGAAGAAAAAGUGGCUCUGAAAUUGAAAAAACAACUGAUGAGCAUUAAUGCUAAUACGAGACAACUGAUCUACGAAUUCACACGUUACUCGGAAUUAAUCAACCGUCCAGUGGUCAAGAAAUCUCUCCACGCAGAGCGCCAACUAUUACUCAACUCUCUCAACGAGUAUGUAGCUCAAAUUCAAUCACAAUCGAACCUGGAAACCUCGAAAAUUAUCACUAGACAAGAAACUUCAGAAACAAUAAAAGAACUAAUUUUUAUCCGGCAACUUGAAGCUAAAGCUAACGAAGUGUUAUUUGUUUUGGAAAAAUUACUACAGGAUUUGGAUGGUUACAAUGGAGUUAAGGAGUUUGUUUUGGGAGUUGUUACCGACUUAAAGGCUCAACAUAGUGAAUUGUUUGAUGCUUGGAGUUCGGAUGUUGUGGCUGAUAUUAAAAACAAUAAAUUAAGCCUCAAGGAAACAGGCCCAGUAAUUCAAUUUUCCAAAGACAAACUAAUGAAAGUUAACUACCCUUCAAGAUUAAUCACUCUUAUUUCUGAAAUAAGACAAUUAAAAGCUAUGGGGUACAAUAUACCAUCACUAAUUGAUGAAACGAGUGAUCAUGCCAAAAAAUUCAUGAAGUUUGCUAGAAUAUUGGAACAGAUUGCAAAUUUUCACAAUACAAUUGGUGACCGUAUGAUACCAUCGCAAAAACCCAUGAUGUUGAUCAGUGCUCUGGAGUUAUCAAAAUUAGUGCAGGAACAGGAAGUCGUUUCCUGGGGCCAGGAGAAGCACGUUGAAAAAUACGUAAACACUUUGAAAAAGACUGUGGAAAAAUUGAGCCAGAGUAAUAACCUAUUGACGUCGUUUCACAUUGAAAUAAUUGAUAAGAUUCGUGAUCUGGAAAAUGUAAGUUUACUAAAAGAAUUGGCCAGAUGGAACGAAACUAUUAAGAAUAUCAAAAACAUUACUUCGAAUGUGGAAAAUAAAGGCUACAAAAAUUUGCAAUCGUGGAAAACGGAAAUCGAUACGAAAAUAUGCGAAGUUUUAGAAAAGGAGUAUUCGAAAAAUUUAAAGUCGCUUCAUUUGAGUUUAGAAGAGAUUCGCGUGGACUUAAUCUAUCGAAACUCGGCUUUGGAUUUUUCGCCGAACAAGGAAAUACUGGAGCAAAUGUACGAGCAACAGCUCAAAAAAUAUUUGAAUAUACCCAAAAGCUUUAAGGGGAUUUCGGAUUCUUCGGAAAAUAUUUAUUCAAGAAUUAUUGACAGAAACCAGGAUGUUUUAGCAAACAUCUCCAAGGAAAAAGAACAACUUUUUACUCAACUGGACGCAGUCAUAAAACACUGGCAAUCCUGGUUACAAUUGGAACCUCUGGAUGCUAAAAAAUUAACUUCGUGGCAACAUUGGGAUUUGCAUUUUAGAGCAUCCAAAACAUUUGGGCAGGAAAUUGCAAAAUUACCAAGUACCGAAGAACGUGUUGGUUGUUUCCUGAUAGGCCUAUCCAGAUUGAGAUCAGAUCUGGAAUCGCACAACAGAAGCUAUUGGGACCAAUUGGUCUACUCCCUGAAAGACUCCAUAGCUCAAGACGUUGUCAAACUGCAAAACUACAUAGACCCAUCCACAGCAGCUCUAACAAAACAGCCAGUUACUCUGGAAGAAAUUGGCCAAAGUGGUUUUAAUUACAGUAAUAUUACUGCUGCACAUGAAGAAAUGGAAAUUACUUUUAAAGAAAUGCUUAAUAAAUCACAAACUUUAGCUAGUUGGUCCAGAGAGCAAGUGGAUUCAGUGAAUAGGCUCAAAGGAGCUUGGGAACGUUUGGGGAGCCUUAUAAGUAAUCAGCAACAUAUUAUGGCAAAACAGAUGGAAACUAUUAGAACCUCUCUGAACAUCCAACAAGAAAACUUGUUGAAAGAAAUUGAAAGAUUUGAAGCUAAAUGGACUCAAAUUAAUACAAUCCAUAAAUCUUUUGAUAUCAACGAAAACACUAUCGAAGGUGUUAACAAGUUGUUUCAAGAAAUUAAAGCCAAAAGGGCCGAAUGGGGUUUGGUUUUGGAGAAGAAAGAAGCUUUAUACUCGAAUUAUGUUAAAUUUAAUAUGGAAAAGCCAGAUAUUGUGAUUAUAAGUGAAGUGGAAAAUUCUUUGAAAGAGGACGAAACUUCUUGGGCGAUUUUCGAAGAGUUCAAUUUGGAAUUUCAAAAAUUCUGCCGUCAAUAUUGGAUUGUGUUCAGGAAAAAGUACUACGAAAUUGAGGAUUUUAUUAAAUCUUGGGAGGAAAAAUUCAGUGUCGAAAAAAGUCUCCCCAAAUUUAUGCCAGUCGUGUUGCAAGAUCUUCAGAAAUACAAGGAUAUUAUCCCGACCCUCAAAUACGUAAAAGGCGAAGAUUUUUCUGAAAAACAUUGGAACGACGUCUUCAGCAUCCUCAAAAUAGAACCGAAACCCAUCGAUCAAAUAUUACUCAAAGAUUUUUUGGAUGCCCACGAAAAUAUUAAAAGCAACUCGAAAGAGUUGCAAAGUUUGUGCAAGAAGGCUGCCAGUGAAAUCGUUAUACGUCAAGCUUUAAAAGACAUUGACCAAUGGGAAGUGCAGACAAAAUUCUUAUUGAAUAGUCAUUCGGAUUCAAAUGGAAAAAUGGUCAUGUUAGUUAAGGAAUUUAAGGAGAUAUUGAAUGCUAUUGGGGAUCAUCAAAUUUUGCUACAAUCCUUGAAGCAUUCCAAUAACUUUGAUGCUUUCGCGGAAAAAACAAACAGUUGGGAAAUCAAAUUGGAAAAUUUGAAUGGUUAUCUAAACUCAUUGGCACAUAUCCAAAAAAAAUGGCUUUAUCUGCAACCAAUUUUUGGCAGUGGCACGUUAGCGCAAGAAAAAUCUAGAUUCGACCGUUUAGAUCGAGAUUUCCGCAAAAUAAUGUCUUUCAUAGAAAAAGACACCAGGGUAACUGAGAUUUGCAAAUAUCCCAACUUAAAAGACACACUGAAAUCGAUUUUGGACCAAUUAUCCAGAUGUCAGCACAGUUUGGAUGCGUUUUUAAAAGAAAAACGAGACAUCUUUUCUAGAUUUUUGUUUUUGAGUGACGACGACUUGUUGGAAAUAAUUGGACAAUCUUCCAAAGAACAAGUUAUACAAUCGCAUCUUAAGAAACUGUUUGCUGGGAUUCACUCAGUACAACUUGAUUCUGCAGGAGACAACAUUAUCGCUAUGCGUUCUUUGCAUGGGGAAACUGUCAGAUUAGGAAGUCCUAUUGAAAUUAAACGACCAGUAGAAGUAUGGUUGGGUCAGUUGGUUAAAGAAAUGCAAUCAGCCUUGAAGGAUUUGUUAGUGAGUUGCCAGAGAGAGACCCAAGCUCCGGAUCCUUUGAAAUAUCCUUCACAAAUAUUGUGUUUGUCCGAUAACAUAUCAUUUACGUUGAAAUGUGAACAGGCUAUCAGUGGUAUGAGUUUGCCAGGCUUAUUAGCAAAAUACAAGGCUCAACUAAACGAACUUAGCUCACUUGAACUAAACAAUACCCCAGACUCUACCAAAUCAGACGAAAGCAACGUUUUGGAGUUGAAACUAAAAUCUCUAUUAUUAGAUACCAUUCACCACAUUAGAAUCUUGGAGGAACUUUUACAGAAAAACGUAACUAAAGUCACUGAAUGGGAGUGGCAAAAACAGUUACGAUAUUAUACCAACUCUGUUGGAGAUGUAACAGUCAAAAUGGCAAAAGCCAGAAUAAAUUAUUCUUACGAGUAUUUGGGCAAUGAGCAAAAGUUGGUGAGAACUCCUUUAACGGAACGAUGUUUUUUGACUCUGACACAAGCAAUGCACUUAGGUUUGGGUGGGAACCCUUAUGGACCAGCAGGCACUGGGAAAACCGAAUCUGUUAAGGCUUUGGGCACAAUUUUGGGGCGACAAGUUUUGGUUUUUAAUUGUGACGAGGGUAUUGAUUCGAAUUCAAUGGAAAGAAUCCUAACGGGUUUGGUAAAAACUGGAGCUUGGGGUUGCUUCGAUGAAUUCAAUCGUCUGGACGAAACAACAUUGUCAGCUAUAUCGAUGCAAAUCCAUGCCAUCCAAGAAGCUUUGAGAAAUAAUUUGACUGUCGUUAAAUUGGCUGAUCAGGAGGUUCCCAUCGACAAACAUUGCGGAAUAUUCGUGACCCUAAACCCUGCUGGCGCUGGAUAUGGAGGGAGGAAUAAACUACCAGACAACCUCAAACAGUUGUUUAGGCCGGUUGUUAUGACGCAUCCUGAUCAUGAAGAAAUCGCCAGGACUUCUUUGCAUUGUGACGGAUAUCGUUUUGCCGAUAGCAUAGCGAAGAAAAUUGUCGAGGUUUUUGAAAUGUCACGCAAAUUAUUGAGCAAACAGCAACAUUACGACUGGGGCUUGAGAGCAAUUAAAACGGUAUUAUCUGGCUGCCAAAUUGCCAUAAAAAACUACGAUAUUACAAAUAAAAACUUGACCAAAGCAGAAGAAUUAGGCUUAGUAGUGAGCACGCUUAAAAUGGACAUAACAUCAAAAUUAACCUUUUCUGAUACACAAAAAUUCAAUCAAAUUAUUGCAAACAUUUUCCGAAAUGUUUUAACCAUUGAAAAUUCGGACAUUGAUUCUUUGAAAGAAGCAAUACUUGAAACUUACAAAGACCUGAGCCUCAUACCAAACGAUCGUCAAAUAAACAAAUGCUUGGAAUUCUACAAACAACUCAAACAACGCAUGGGAGUUGCUAUAAUUGGCCCUCCAAGUUCUGGAAAGUCGACCAUAAUUAAAAUUGUCACGAAAGCCAUAACUAAGUUGCAACAAAAAAUUAAAAUCCACCCGGUCAAUCCUAAAGGUAUGCCACGACAACUGCUUUUGGGUUACAUGGAUCAUCUUAAUCAAUGGAACGAUGGAGUGUUGACUAGUUAUAGUUUACAGGUGUCUUCUGAACCUGAUGAUGUAUGGUCUUGGAUAAUAUGCGACGGUGACAUCGAUCCAGAAUGGGUAGAAUCUCUAAAUUCUGUCCUGGAUGACAAUAGAAUUAUCACGUUGCCAUCUGGUUGGCGAAUACACUUUGGACCGAACGUGAACUUUAUAUUUGAGACGCACGAUUUGAAAAACGCCUCUCCUGCUACCAUUUCUCGUAUGGGAAUUGUGUAUUUGAGCCAUGAAGAUGUUAAUUUUGAGGAGUUUCUUAAAACCACUUUGGAUAGGUUGAGUGAAGAUAAACGAGGAUAUCUUGAAGUUUUAUUGGGCGAAUUUUUUGUUAAAGCUAUUAACUGGUCAAUGAGUGAAGCUGAGUUUACUCUAAACAGAUCAAUAAUUUCAAUAGCUAAAUCAAGCUUUGUGCAGCUGUUGGAUGUCAAAAAUAAAUAUCAAUUUAUCGUUGGGUUGAUUAAUGGACUUGGGCAACAGCUCAAAUUGGAAUUCAGGCAAAUGUUUGCGGAAAAAGUGUUUGAUUGGACCGAUGAGACUCCUCCAACUUUUCCACUGAAACUAUAUUACGACCAAGACAGGGAGACUAUUGAAACUUAUCAUACAGAUCCCAAAAUUUCCGUAGAUAAUAUUGAUUAUGGAAUUCCCCUUAUAAAAACUGGGCAAAUUUUAAAAUAUUUGGAUAUUUUGAAAGCAUUUUUAGCCGAGCAGAAUCAAGAACAUUUGUUGAUUGUUGGGCCACAUGGAUCGGGAAAAAGAUUAAUGGUGCAACAUUUGCUAAACGACCACUCUGAUGUUGAGCUGAUUGAAAUUAAUUGCAGCUCAAACCUGUCAACAAAUUACGUUAUACAUAAACUGCAACAGCAAUGUAUCUCAGUCAGCACCUUCAAAGGAACAACUUUGAAACCGAAAAAAGGCAACUUGGUACUUUAUUUCAGAAAUUUGGAUUUACUAACGCCAGACGUUUGGGGCAGUAAUACGGUUAUUGAAUUUCUCAGUCAGCUGAUCGAAUAUAAGGGCUACUUCAAUAACAAAACCGAAUUUAUACAAGUCGAAAAUGUAUCAAUCAUCGGCAGUCUUAUGCCCAACGAUAAAAUGUCCAGCAGAUUUUUAUCUAAACUUCACAUGAUUAGCAUUGAGUUGCCCGAUAAAGAAGAUUUGUCAGUCAUACUUGUAGCUUACAUGUCAGCUAUAAUGAAGGCAUGUUUUCCUGCUAGCAACUUGGCAAAAACGAAAAUCGUCAAAUUGGUUUUGACGAUGAUGACAAUUUAUGAUAAGGUACAAGAAGCCUAUCAAAACUUCCGUCCAACAAGUCCUCACGACUUAGUACAAUGGUGUACCAACUUAAAGUACUAUUCCAACACUGAUAUAUCAAACUUUGAAGCUUAUUUAUUAGAGGUAUUGUGUUAUGAAGCACUAAACAUUUUCGUUGACCGACUGUCGCAAUUCGAAGAAAAAAUGGCGCUAAUAGCAAUGCUAGAUGAAGUAUUUAGAAUAAAUUGGGAAACCAUAGGCAUCGCUCAACAAAUAUCAAACACUACUUAUUAUGCACCUAGAAUCGAUACUGUGCAUAAAAGAGUUAUUUUUGAUAAAUAUUCAAAGGAAAAUUGGCAAUUUGAAGUACAGCGAGGAAUUAACCAAUUUGGCAAAGAAAACCAAGAACUCGAAACAAUAAUAAACGAUGAAAUUUUACUUCUAACAUCGGCCAUAAUGCGUUCGGCUGUAAUUCCGCAAUACCAUUUACUCUUGGUUGGAAAACCGGGCAUCGGACGUAAAACCUCGUUAAAAAUUGCGUCAGCAUUGUUAUCAAAGCGCAUUAUUCAUCCACCUAGCGGAAGUUUUCCUCUAUUCCAUAACGACCUCAAGCUAGCUAUUCAAUAUGCUGGCAUUGAAUGUGAGGACGUAUUUUUAAUAUUGGAAGACCAUAUUUUUGUAAAUGAACAAAAUAUGACUUUGAUUAAUUUGUUGAUGAGUUCGGGAGAAGUACCUGAGCUUUAUUCCGAUAUAGAGAUGGAUUCUUUGGUGAAAGGGUUGAAAGACAAGUUGGACAGUGAGAAUUUCGAAGGAGAAUUGAUUCAGUUUUUUGCUAAUAAUAUAAAGAAAUACUUGCACGUAUUCGUUUGCUUGGAUCAGGACAACAUAAAUUUGCGUGAUAUAAUCCUGAAAUGUCCCGCAUUUUCACAAAAUAGUGGGUUAAUAUGGCUGGGUAAAUGGAGUGAUGAUACUAUGAAAAUGUUCCCAGAGAAACUCAUUGAAAAAUUAGGCUCAGUAAAAGGCACAGAAUCCGGUCUGGAUUAUUUGGACAAAAUUUACAAGUCCUUAACAAACGCUACACCAUCGAGGUACAUUUCAUUGAUCAAAUUAUACUGGAACAUUUACAAGGACAAAGAAAUGACCAUUAAUGCAAAAAUUGAGAAACUAGAAGGCGGAGUGUCAAAAUUAACCACAGCCAAAGAUCUGGUAAGCGAACUGAAACAAAAAGCAGCAGAACAACAGGAGAAAUUAGCUGAAAAACAAGAAAAAGCGAAUGCUGCUUUGGAUAUGAUCAGCAACACUAUAAAAGGGGCUAAUGCUCACAAAGAGGAAAUGGAAGUGUUGAAACAGAAGACGGAAAAUGAAAAUGUACAAUUAGUAAAAAGAAAAGCAGAAAUAGAAGAAGAACUCUCCGAAGUCGAACCCUUAAUUCAAGAAGCCCGAUCGGCUGUAGGAAACAUCAAAACAGAAUCUCUGUCUGAAAUCCGAUCUUUAAGGGCUCCGCCCGAAAUUAUCAGAGACAUACUCGAAGGUGUAUUGAAGCUAAUGGGCACUCAAGACACCUCUUGGAACAGCAUGAAGAUAUUUCUGGCUAAACGUGGAGUAAAAGAGGAAAUUAGGUCGUUCGAUGCCACCAGAAUCCAAACGGAAAACAGACAAGCAGUGGAAAGGCUUAUGGCAACGAAAAAGGAUUCUUUUGAUCAGAAAUCGGCUAAAAGAGCUUCAGUGGCUGCGGCUCCUUUGGCUGCUUGGGUCGAUGCAAACGUCAAAUAUUCUAGGGUUUUGGAUAAAAUUCGACCUUUGGAAAGGGAACAGAACAAAUUAAAACAAAAUUUAAAUAACGCAGAAUCGCAGUUAUCGGAGCUAAACGCCAAUCUGUCAGACGUAGACGCAACUGUGCUGAAGCUGAAAGAACAAUUGUCUCAAUACACAAAAGAAGCUGCCGAAAUUGAAAUUGGCUUGAACGGAGUGAAUCAAACUCUGAGCUCUGCGGAAAAUUUGGUUCAUAAAUUGAAGGACGAGUAUCUGAGGUGGCAAGAACAGUUGGAAGAGUUGUCCAAAGAAAUUCAAGUUCUACCAAGCGAUUCUCUAUUGGCUGCAACAUUUAUUACGUUUUUGUCGGAAGAAGAAGAGAAUAAAAGACGGAACAACCUUUCCAAAUGGUGUACAGCAUUGGGAAGGGAAAGUUUUGAUUUUAUGUCAUUUUUUACUACAGAACGAGAUCAGCUGCAAUGGCAAUCUGAAGGGUUAUCUAAUGAUAAAGUUUCUUUGGAAAAUGCUGUUGUAAUUGAGAAGGGAUAUUUGUCACCAUUGCUAGUAGAUCCAAAUUCUUCAGCUAUAAGUUGGUUAAAAGUGCAUCACACGAAAACUGGGCAAAAUUUUGAUCACAUCACGUCAAACUCAUCGAAAUUCAAUACAAUACUAGAGGCAUCUAUACGAUUCGGAAAGACUUUAUUAAUAGAAGAACUAGAAGAAGUGCCUCACAGUCUCUAUCCGAUACUACGUGGUGAUUAUAUUUAUCAAGGUGAAAGAAAGAUGAUCCGUCUGCAAGGCAGACAAAUAGACUGCCACACAAAUUUCAAACUAAUCAUGUGCAGUAGAAAUGAACGCAUCCAACUCUCGGCUGACAUUGCUCCAUACAUUUGCGUCCUCAACUUUAACGUGACUUAUUCUGGAUUCAUUGAACAACUAUUAUCAAGUGCAAUAACUCAAGAAAAACCCGAACUUGAAUCCAGAAGAAAGCAACUUUUGCACGAAAACGAAGAAUUACAAGAGAAGCUUUAUGUAUUGCAAAGUCAGUUAUUGGAUUGUUUGGCUAAAUCAGAUGGAAAUAUUCUCAAUAACAAGGAUCUGUUAACAACCCUAAACGAAACUAAAUCCAGCUCGAUGGCUGUAGCUGACGCUUUGAAUGAGUCAAAUAAAAUUCGAACCGUCUUACGUAAGGAGUUCGAGAUAUUUUUGGAUAUAUCAUCUUUUGGAAGCAAAUUGUAUUUUGCUUGUAAAGAAUUCACCAAAUAUGAUGUAUUAUAUUCUCUAUCUACCAAGGCUUAUAGUAGGUUGUUUUUGAUUUGUUUACAGACGAUACAGUCUCAACAAGAAAAUCCUGACCUUCAAAAAAAGCACCUUUUCCAAAUCGUAUAUAAUUACAUGAGCAGAGGAAUGUUUAAAAAUGACAGGCUGUCGUUUUUCUUCCAUUCAGUUUACAGAAUGUUUCCCAACGAUAUCCCAGAAGAAGAAAUGAAUAUUUUCCUUGAUAAUGUACCAUAUCAAGAAACAAUCGAGUCUUCUGAUUUACCUUCUUGGAUUCCACCACUUUCAAUCCCAAAAAUUUUAAACCUAAAGACUUACUUGCCUAAUGUUUAUGCCAAAGCUCAACUAAAUGAAAGAACUUUGUGGUCGAGUUUCAUGGAAUCUACACAAUUGGACAAAGAUUUCCCAAAACACUGUCAAUUAUCUGAAUUUAAGAAACUGUUACUAAUUCAAGCUUUACGACCUGUUAAACUACUGACGUGCAUUGAAAAUUGUUGUUUAAGAAUUUCAGGUCUCAGAACAGUAGAUCCACCAGUAUUAAGCCUACAAUUCGUCCUGAAAGAAUCAAAUCCGCAAGAACCAAUUCUAUUGGUUACCACAUCUGGUAUGGACCCUUCUAUUGAAAUAAGAGAUUUGGCAAGGCAGCUUAAUCAUGGCUUUGUUGAGAUUGCCAUGGGGCAAGGAAAAGAGUCCAAAGCAUUGGAAAGCCUUGAGGAGUGCAGGAAAAGCGGCAGCUGGCUGAUAUUGAAAAAUUUGCAUUUGGUAACUUAUUGGCUGCCAAGUUUAGCUCAGAAUCUUAGGAAAAGCGAAUCUGUGGAUAAUUUUAGAUUAUGGCUUAUUUCCGAAUCCACUGAAAAAUUCAAUUCGGUAUUAUCACAAAACAGUCUAAAAAUUGCCUACGAAGAACCACAAGGUAUCGGUAACAAUAUGCAAAGAAUCUACUCUUCAUUGGGUGAAAAAUAUAAUAAUAAAUUAAAUAGGACUUCUGCAAGAUUAUUUUUCGUGUUUGCUUGUUUACACGCUUUAGUGCAAGAGAGACGAAAAUAUGUACCACAAGGUUGGUCCAAAUACUAUGAAUUCAAUCACACUGACAUGCAAACAAGUUUGAGUUUGACGGAAGAUUUUUGGAAUGUGGAAACUACAAGAAUUCAAUGGCAAUUCAUCAAAGGGUUGCUUAACGAUGCCGUUUAUGGUGGAAGAAUUGAAAAUAUUGACGAUAUAAGCAUCUUGGAGGCUUACUUGAAGAUUUAUUUCAAAGAUGAAGUUUUAAGUCAUAAAUGGAAACCAUAUGGGUUGAAUUUGAGCUUACCUAAUACUGGCCAUAAUAAAGAAUAUUUACAAAUUAUUAAACAAUUUCCAAACAAAGAUCAUCCGUCUAUGUUUGGUUUACCAGAAAACAUUGAUGAAGCAAGAGAAAAUCAUUUAUCAUUGAAAUUAAUUCAACAAUUAAAAGGAUUUUACCAAAACCAAACCCCCAAGGACAUUAAUUUUAAGGAAUUAUAUCCCUACUUCAACAAAUGGAAAAAAUUGAAUCAAGAAGGUUUUGUAUAUGACGAAUACGCAAAAGGAAUAAACCUAAUACAAAUUAUACAUAAAUGUUUCAUGAUUUUAAAUAAAAUAUCAAAAGGCACUAUCGAAGCGGAUGAUAACUAUAUUGAAGUGGCUAAAUGUAUUUUAAAAUCUCAGACUCCAAAAUCGUGGCUUGAUGUUUGGAACGGGCCAAAAGAUCCCAGUCAAUACUUACAAGAGGUCCUACAAAAAACUAUAUUUUUGUCGCAAUGGAAAUCGGCCAACAUUGACAAUUUAAUGAAACAACCUGUGAAAUUAUCAAUGUUUUUCAAUCCGGAAACAUAUCUGGCUUGUACGAAGCAAGAUUUUGCCAGGUCAUCUCAAGUCUCCCUAGAAGACCUAAUUUUGAGAACAACUUGGAACCGUUCCAGUGGAAAUGCAAUUAUUUUAUCCGAUCUACUUAUUGAAGGGGGUCUGCUAGAGAAUGAUACUUUAAGAGAGUGUAAAAGUGACUCUGGAACUAUCAAUUUGGUUCCAAAUUGUUAUUUAAGCUGGAUAGAAAAGGGUCAAACACAAACUGACGACCUAUUAGAAUUUCCUUUAUACACAACAUCAAACAGGGAUCAGAAAAUUGUCAACUUACAAGUAGAAUGUGAUGUUAAUUUACGAGAAACUUAUACACUAAGUGGCCUCGCCUUUUAUUUAAACUAUUGAUUAAGCAGUACAUUAUUAUACAAAGUCUUACGCGAAGAUAAAAUCCUCUGUUGGCAUGAGUUUUUGUAAAUUAUGACAUUCCCAUAUCCAGUCUGGAGCAACACAGAGGGCGCUGGGAUACAAGUCUUUGAACGUUUUGUAAUUGGAGGUGUUUGUUACUAUAAAGUCUAUGGAUACUUCUAGAUCUUCUACGAGAAUUCUGAAAAAAAAUUGCAUGCAAAAUAACAAAAUUAAUUUGUGUUAUUAGACUUACCCAUUAUAAGCCACAAUAUACUGUUUGAUAGUCUUCACUAAAUCCUUAUCAAGCUGUUCGUCAACAUAAAAUAUUUUAUUUUCAAAAAAAUCCUUAAAUUUAUUCUGGAAUUCCAAAUUAUUAUGACUAUGGUCACUCAUUAGCUCACUAUCUGUGUCCACACAAUAUUCCUUCUGAUGUUUUUUACACUUGGGCUCAGCUUGUUUUUUCAUUAACUUGGCUAUCUUUUCCUCAGUAUCAGAACCUUGUUCCC